AUGGCAAGCAAAGUUCUUCUGACCGGUGGUACCGGAUUUGUCGGUUCUUAUAUCUUGCAGCAAUUGCUCGAGCAGGGAUAUGAUGUCCUUGCAGUUGUCCGCAGUGCGGGCAAAGGGCGAGCACUAUGCUCCCAGUUUGAGAACGAAAUUUCGUUCGCUGUCGUUGAGGAUAUCACCAGCCCUGGUGCCUUUGACGCUGUGUUCAAAGAUUAUGGCCCAAUCAAAUAUGUUAUCCAUUCUGCCAGCCCAUUUAUAUAUGGACACUCGGAUGCAAAGCGAGAGAUUCUGCAGCCAGCAAUUGACGGUAGUCUUCAGAUGUUGGAAUCUGUUUUGAAAUCAGGGCCCUCUGUGAAACAGGUUGUGCUCACUUCAUCUUUGGCCUCAAUGGUUGGAGACCCAUCGGCAAACGGAGUCAUUACCGAAAGUCACUGGAAUCCGAUCACUUUCGAACAAUCGCUGAAGGCGGAGAAUACCUACAUCGGAAGCAAGAAAUUGGCUGAACAGGCUGCAUGGGACUUUAUGUCACAGCAUCCUACCGUCCACUUUUCUUUGACCACAAUCAAUCCAGGGCUUGCUUUCGGUCCGUUGAUGUUUCCAUCGCAAAGCGGAGACAAAGUCAAUACCUCGAACCAAGUGAUAGACGAGUUGAUCCAGGGUCUUCACGCGCAAAAGGUCCCCGAGGCUCAGGUCCCAGCAUGGGUGGAUGUUCGAGAUGUGGCAACGGCACAUGUACGGGCCAUUGGAGUGGAAGGUGCCCAAAACCAGAGGUUCUUGCUCGCCCACGGCUUAUACACCAUGGAUGAGGUUGUAAACAUCAUGCACCGCCAAUUCCCAGCCCUCAGAGAUCGGCUUCCGGAACCACAGGACAGCAAUACGCCGCCUAUUCAAUUCGAUAAUUCGCGGUCCCAGAAGAUCUUGAGAACCAAGUAUCGUUCACUGGAGGACUGCAUUGUUGCAACAACCCAGUCUUUGAUGGAAAAGAACAAAUUUUGA